AUGGCCGCUCCUCCAGAUCCGCAAGAUGAGCUGCUGCCGCUGGCCAGCCCCGGGUCUCAGUGGUUCGGGGACCGGGGGGAGGGGGAAGACGAGGCGGUGACGCUGAAAGGGGCCAAGGCGACGCCACCGGCGGGAGAGCCGGGCCGGGGCUUGGGCGCCGGCGCCCGGGAAGACGCGCCGCGGGAACCGGGCUCGGGCUCCGCCGGGCCGCCUCCCGUUGCCGUGGAAACUGCAUCCACAGGUGUGGCAGAUGUCCCCAGUGCCAUGGAUCAUACCUUUUCAACAACACCAAAAGAUGAGGAAGGAGCCUGUUACACGACUCUUAUUUCUGAUGUCUGUUACCCACCUCAGGUGGAUUCUACAUAUUUCACUGGAAUUCUUCAGAAGGAAAAUGCCCAUGUCACCAGUUCAGAGAGUCCUGAAGAACUGACUACUCCUGGACGCCCUUUGCCAGAUGAGCCUGGCACAGAGCCUCAUGGCUUAUUUAGUUCUGAUUCUGGAAUAGAGAUGACUCCUGCAGAAUCUGUGGAAGUCAACAAGAUCUUAGCAGAUCCUCUGGACCAAAUGAAAGCAGAAGCCUAUAAAUACAUUGACAUAACCAGAUCAGAAGAGAUGAAGCACGAGGAGCAAUGUCAACCCAAGUUGGAGAAUAAAGACAUAGACUUUAAGAGUAAGGACACUGGAAUCUCAACAAAGUCUGAAGGGGUCAUUGAACCCGAGACACCAGCUCCCGUGGAGGGAAAGAUCAUCAAGGACCAUUUAUUUGAAGAGUCAACAUUUGCACCUUAUAUAGAUGAUCUCCCUGAAGAGCAGCACAGUGCUCCUGUGAUCACAGCCCCCGUCACAAUCACGCUGACUGAGAUUGAACCUCCUGCCGAGAGUGCUUCCCAAGAGAAGACCCCUGAGAAGCAAGACAGCUGUCUGAAACCAAGUCCUGACACAGUCCCCACUGUCACCGUCUCAGAGCCUGAAGACGACAGUCCAGGCUCUGUCACUCCUCCGUCUUCUGGAACAGAACCAUCUGCCGCAGAAUCCCAGGAGAAAUGCAGCAUCUCCGAGGAUGAGUUGAUCACUGCUAUUAAAGAAGCAAAGGGGUUAUCGUAUGAAACCACAGAGAGCCCACGCCCCGUGGGCCAGGUGGCCGACAGGCCUGGAGCCAAGGCCAGGUCCGGGCUGCCGACCAUCCCCAGCCCCCUGGACCAUGAGGCCAGCAGCGCGGAGUCAGGAGACUCGGAGAUUGAGCUGGUGUCAGAGGACCCGUUGGCCGCGGAGGAUGCACUGCACUCAGGCUACGUGACCUUUGGCCACGUGGGCGGCCCGCCACCCUCGCCUGCCUCGCCGUCCAUCCAGUACAGCAUCCUCAGGGAGGAACGGGAGGCCGAGCUGGACAGCGAGCUUAUCAUCGAGUCGUGCGACGCCUCCUCGGCCUCGGAGGAGAGCCCCAAGCGGGAGCAAGACUCGCCCCCGAUGAAGCCAGGAGCCCUGGACGCCAUCCGGGAGGAAACAGGCGUCCGAGCCGAGGAGCGCGCGCCGAGCCGGCGGGGCCAGGCCGAGCCCGACCCCUUCCUCAAGUACUCCCCGGCUGCCCCCGAUACGGGCCCCGAGCUGCCGUCCGGAGACCUAGCCCCGGCUCCCGGGGGUCCCACGUCGCAGCGGAGACCUGCGGAAGCAGCGAGUUCCAGUCCGUGUCCUGCAGCCGCAAAGGGCCCUGGGCCGCGAGGGCCGGGCACAGCGCCCCCUCUGCUGUUUCUGAACAAGCAGAAAGGCCAAGACUCCGUUCUCACUUUUCAAACUAUUUUGGAAAACAUUGCUUCGUCCAGCAUGCAG